AUGACCAACGCUAACAACACUACUCCCCCCAUGCACGACCUGAAAAACACACCUCCAGAUUCCAGUCUUGGUGGCGAGACUGAGAGAGACAUCGAAGAGUCUCGAGACCCAAUUCCCGAUGGGCCCCCCGAUGGCGGUGCUGCUGCAUGGCUGGUUGUCCUGGGAGCGUGGUGCUGCUCCUUUUCCAGCCCAGGCUGGAUCAACAGUGUGGGCAGCUUCCAGCAGUAUUACGAGAUUGGGCCUUUGAAAGACUACUCCAGCAGCACCAUUGCCUGGAUCCCGUCGCUCCAAAUCUUCUUCUUGUUCGCCUUGGGACCCAUCGUCGGCAUACUCUUUGACAAGUAUGGACCGAGACCUCUUAUCGUUGGUGGAACACUUCUUCACGUCUUUGGACUGAUGAUGGCGUCGUUGGCCAAGACGUACUAUCAGUUCAUCUUGUCCCAGGGGGUCUGCAGUGCUAUCGGUGUUGCGUGUUUAUAUUCACCUGCUUGCAUGACAACCUGGUUCUCCAAGAGACGCGGAGCUGCUAUGGGCAUCAUGGCGACUGGCUCAUCAGUCGGCGGCGUCAUCUUCCCCAUAAUGAUCAGCCGCAUGAUCAAGAGCACCGGUUACCCUUGGGCUAUGAGAACAGCGGCAUUUCUUAUCCUUAGCCUCCAAAUCAUUGCGAUCAUCACGGUCCGCCCGAGAGCGAAGCCCGUGCCCAAAAAGAUGCCCGCUGGUCGCUAUGCUGCACCCUUCACAGAGAUCCCGUUCGUCAUGCUGCUGUUGGGAAUCUUUGUCUUGACUUAUGGGAUAUUCAUCCCUAUCGACUAUCUCGCUGUGCAGGCCUUCCAGGAGGCGCAUGUGUCAGACGAAAUGGCUCAGUACUUGGUGUCCAUCUUCAAUGCUGCAAGCCUCUUCGGUCGCCUGGUCGCUGGCUAUGGCGCUGAUAUAAUCGGAAGAUGGAACAUGUUCAUCAUCGCCUGUGCCCUGUCUGGAAUCUCUGAGUUCGCUGUUUGGAUCCCCGCCAAACACUUCUCUAUCGCAAUUGGGUUUGCCAUCAUGUUUGGUUUCGCUUCAGGAGCCUUCAUAGGCCUUUCCGGUGCCCUUCCCAUCUCGGUGUCCCCUCCAGCUGAGAUUGGCUACCGGCUUGGCGUCCUCCUCCUUGCUAUUUCUAUCCCAGCCCUCACAAUGGCGCCCAUUGGUGGUGCCAUCCUUCAAAAUUCGACUAACGGCUGGCUGGACGUCAAAAUCUUUGGAGGUGUCAUGUGCCUCGCGGGAUCAGCGAUCACAUUUGUCUCGAGGUUGCUGUACACCGACAAGAAACUUCUCAAGGUGUUUUAA